CCUGUUUCCGUUGCUCUCAAAUUGCUGAAUCGCUGAAAUGCCCUCGAGUCCCUAGCGGAAUUUCGACCUCUUUGCUCGAUAUUGAUUUAUCUAUCCAGCGCUCAAGCUUGAUCCUCUCAUUUCUCUCUUUAUUCAUGAUCCAUGCAUUCUAUCUGGGGUUCUUCAAUUCUGUUUGCUCGUCUUUUUACCUCAUAAACCGGUGUUUCAAUAUUGGGUUGGUUAUGGUACUGCCUCAACUUUUGUGGUGACUGUACUUUUCCUUCACGAUUGAAUUUUAAGGCUAGGACAUAAAAAUCUUGCUCCGGUGAUUCGUGCUAACGAUUCCAGCUUUUUCCUUUUGGAGCUGGGGUGACAGGCUUCUCAUUCUCGCCAGAAUAGAAAAAGGUAGCGAAGGGUCGGUGGGAGGUUGGGGGUUGAGCCUGCAAGGUUUGUUUUAAACUGUAGUUAUCACUAUGUUGGAUGCGACUAGAAGCGGGUUUAAUAUCUCAUGCCGCUCUCUUCACCUAGCUGAAUGGCAUCCUUUUCAAUAACACCGUUGAACAGGGCCUAAAGCCCUUUCCUUGCUCUGAAAUAAGGAUCUGCCGAGAAUUUAGCUAUUGGGUAUUUGCUUUGGCCAUUUGAGAUUUUCAAUUAAUAAAGUUUGUUCAGCUGAGAAUACGUCGACGGCUUGCAGUUCUAACCUCCAGAUUUUCAAUAGGAGUUUUCUUUUGCUGAGAUGGAUUUUUGUAAUUGCUUCGGGUUCAUCCGAAAAUCUAAACAGCAGAGUGCUAAGUUUGGUAUCAAUAAUAAUCUCUCUCAGGAGCUAUUGUUGGAUGAAGACAUUGAAGACGAGGGUGGCUCAUAUGAUGGUGAGGUUACUAACAUCAGCAGUGGAGAUGAUGGCGAAGUGCAAAUUCAUGCCAACCGGUCUGAGGAUAUUUUGAAACUGAGAGCACAGAGUGACAUGAUUUGUAGGCAAUUUCCUGUGAAGGAAACUCACAAAGUUGUUCGUACAGAGGAUGAAAAUGGAAACAAGAUGAUAAAUGAGUAUGUUCGUGAAUAUAGGAUAGGUGCUGGUAGCUAUGGGAAAGUGGUUUUAUAUCGAAGUUCUGUUGAUGGUAAGCACUAUGCAAUAAAGGUCUUUCACAAGUCUCAUUUACUGAAGCUUCGAGUUGCUCCCUCAGAGACUGCCAUGACAGAUGUUCUGCGUGAGGUACUCAUCAUGAAAAUGCUGGAACAUCCUAAUAUAGUCAAUCUCAUUGAGGUGAUUGAUGACCCAGAGUCAGAUCACUUUUACAUGGUACUUGAAUAUGUGGAAGGCAAAUGGGUCUGUGAGGGUACAGGACCUCUUUGUCGCUUAGGUGAGGAGACUGCUAGGAGAUACGUGCGUGACAUUGUUUCAGGAUUAACGUAUCUACAUGCUCAUAAUAUUGUGCAUGGGGAUAUUAAACCUGAUAAUCUGUUGGUUACUCGCCAUGGUACGGUGAAGAUAGGGGAUUUCAGUGUCAGCCAGGCAUUUGAGGAUGAUAAUGAUGAACUCCGUCGGUCCCCUGGCACUCCUGUUUUCACUGCACCAGAAUGUUGUUUGGGUCUUACCUAUCAUGGCAAAGCUGCAGACACAUGGGCAGUAGGAGUUACUUUGUACUGUAUGAUACUGGGUGAAUAUCCAUUUCUUGGUGAUACUCUUCAAGAUACUUACGAUAAAAUAGUGAAUAACCCUUUAGUGCUUCCAGAUAGUUUGAACAUGCAAUUGAAGAACUUGCUAGAAGGACUGCUUUGCAAAGAUCCAAAACUAAGGUUGACAUUAGGUGAUGUUGCGAAGCAUAGCUGGGUUAUAGGAGACUAUGGUCCAAUUCCUGAGUACUUGUGUUGCUGUAAACGCAAGAGCUUGGAGAGGAGAGACUUAGAUAGGAGCAAUAUACUUGCUUGACCUCUACAUGAUUAUAUUAGGUUGGUUUUAAAUUAAUUAUUGUGGAAGAAGAAGCCCAGAUGUACUUUCCCAUUUUGAUCCCCUGUGGAGAUAUGAGUAAGGUGGUCUUGAUGAGACUCUUGGGAAACUGUAGAAAGCAAUGGUGUCGUUCUUGUGAUUGAGUAGGGAGAAAAUGACUUGCUCCUUUUUCUUUGUGGAAGAGUUUGGCAUGUGGGAAUGUGUGAAUUUCCCAUGGUUGGUCACAAAAACCUUGUAUCCCUUAAGUAUCGGGCGUAACUAAUGCUUUCCAGCAUGGAGUCUUGUUUUAUGCGGUGCUUCAAAGAGCUUGGUCUAUCCGAUUGUUUAACUUUGGUCUCCAUUAUCGAAGAUAUAUGUUCUGC